AUGCCGCAGCGAUCGACCUCGCCUCCGCCCUCGCUCGACCGAAAGCGCAAGGGCUUGCUCAAGGAGAAGCUGCACCUGGAGAAGUUCAAGGGGCCCGACGGCCGCACGCGCUGGACUGUCUCGGCCAUCGAUGAGCAGCUCACUUUUGACAAGUGCAACGUGCGCCGAGCCGGGUGCCACGCGCGCCUGCUGUCGAAAGUGGCGGGCGCAGGGAGGCGGCCGGUGGCUGGGGGCAGCGGCAGACUGGACGCUUGGGACGGUGUUAUCGACGGGACGGCAGGCGGCUUCUAUGUGUUCAUCAGGGCGCUGCAGCUGCUGAAGAGCCACAACGAGGGCGUGGUCCUGGUGGGGCUCGGCGGCGCCAGCGGCAGCGGCAAGACGGCGUUCAGCGAGCGCGUCAAGGGGUUCAUGCCCAACAUCGCGGUGAUCUCUAUGGACAACUAUAACGACGCCUCAAAGCUGAUCGACGGCAACUUUGACGACCCCCGUCUGACGGACUAUGACCUGCUGCUGGCAAACCUGGCUGAGCUGAGGGCGGGCCGCGCCGCUCAGGUUCCGAUCUACGAUUUUAAGCAGUCACGGCGCUCUGGCUUCCAGAAGGUCGAGGUGCCCCCGUCGCGCAUCGUGGUUAUCGAGGGGAUCUACGCCCUCAGCGAGAAGCUGCGGCCCCUGCUGGACCUGAGGGUCUCCAUCACAGGCGGCGUGCACUUUGACCUGGUCAAGCGCGUGAUGCGCGACAUCAGCCGGUCGGGGCAGGGGCCCGAGGAGAUCAUCCAGCAGAUUACCGACACGGUGUACCCCAUGUACAAGGCCUUCAUCGAGCCGGACUUGCGGCUGGCGCAGCUCAGGAUUUACAACAGCUUCAACCCCUUUGCGGGCUUGAUGGACGCAGCCCACAUCCUCAAGUCUAAGCGAACUCCAGAGAUCACGCCAGAAGCCAUCAUGGCCGCCCUAGGGCCGGGUGCUGCCGCCCCAAAGCGUGAGGAGAUGUACGACAUCCACCUGCUGCCACCAAACGAGGACCCUGAGACCUGCUCCAGCUGGCUGCGCAUGCGCAACAGGGACGGCCGCUACACCCUCAUGUUCGAGGAGUGGGUAACAGAGGGGCCGUUCAUCAUCUCCCCACGCAUCACCUUUGAGGUGUCUGUGCGCGUCCUGGGGGGCCUGAUGGCUCUGGGCUACGAGAUUGGCACGAUCAUGCGGCGUAAGACCGUUACCUUCAAGAGCGGGGAUGACGAGCUGACGGUGAAGCUGGACGAGAUCGAGAACCUGGGGGACUUUGUGCAGGUGCACUCCAAGAACCGCGACCGUGCCAGCGCCAUGGCCCGCGCCCUCAACAUGACAGAGUUCAUCCCCAAGUCAUACAUUGAGCAGGUGCGCAUGGGCAGCUUGUCCAGCUGGGGAAGCUGA